AUGCGGCUCGAUACAGCCACGCCAUGUUGCACGCCAUCAGUCAGCGACAAUUCGGCCACCACCGUCUCUAUCCACAAGAACACCGGGCAGAAUUCCCUAGCAUGUAGAUUCGGUACUCCCCUUGUCAACACAAUGGAGUACACGACGAUGCAAACGAAAACGAAAAAGAGAACGACGAAAAACGACGAGGAUGAGGAGAAAGUUGGGAGGGUGUGGAGAAAUAUGGUUUCGGCACGUGUUUUUCAGUCGAUCAGUAGGUAG